AUGCCUAUACCUUUAUUUUACAAAACUGUUCAUCCUGGUGACGAGUCCUACUUUUUUCCCCGCGUCUCACAUGCCAGUAGUCUGCUGGAUCUCUUUCUGACCACGCAUCCUGCCCCUUACAGCACUGCUGUCCUGUCCCCCCUGGGUAACUCAGACCACGGUGUUGUGGAGGUUAGGUUUCGGUCAGAACCCGCUGUGGCAGCAGAAACUCGUACAGGCCGCAAAACUUGGCAUUACGGACAUGCCGACUGGGAGGGGCUCAGAGAUUUCUUCUCUAGCUUUCCUUGGAAAGAUGUAUGUUUCACUGACGCGGAUGCGUCGGCUGUCUGUUCUUCGAUAAGAGAAAUUAUCCACGUCGGAAUGGAGGAAUACAUCCCUCACACAGUGAAAGUGCCUAGACCAGGGUCCAACGGCUGGUUUAACAAAUCAACCUUCUUGCAAAACCCCACUGUAGAGAACAGACAAGCUGACGCUGCCAAGGCGGAAGUGCUAGCCAAGACCUUUGCUGCCAACUCCACCAUGGACGUCCCCCCCAACGUCCAAGUGUCGUCAAUUCAAAGGGUUCCGUACACUAUGCGGGAGGUAACAUUCAGGCAUAAGACCGUAAGACGAAGGUGUGCACCGGAGCUUGCUCCAAGUCUUUCGCGUCUCUUCCAGAUAUCUUAUGAAUCCGGCACCUUCCCAGAAAACUGGAAAUUUGCUCAUGGAUCUAAGACCGACCCUUACAACUACAGGCCUAUAGCUCUAGCUUUACAUAAGGUGAUGGAGAGGUGCAUAAAUCGCGAGCUUCUGGACUACCUCGAACGUCACGGCUUGAUUAGCGACAAGCAGUAUGGUUUCCGGCACCAGCGAUCCACAGGGGACCUCCUAGCUUACGUCACUCAAUUGUGGAGUAAACUCAUCCAGUCUUAUGGUGAGGCUCAUGUCGUUGCUCUUGACAUCACGAAAGCGUUCGAUCAGCUGUGGCACGCUGCCCUCUUAAGCAAACUUUCAUCCUAUGGCCUCCCAGAAAAGCUUUGCAGAUGGGUGGCUGACUUUAUCUCUGGCCGCGAGAUAUCCGUCGUAAUUGACGGGUUCUCCUCUUCAUCCCACAACGUCAACGCGGGUGUUCCCCAGGGAUCGGUCUUGGCUCCGACUCUGUUUCUCUUACAUAUCAACGACCUCCUUUCCUGCACGAUCAACCCAAUCCACAUCUUCGCUGAUGACAGCACUUUGGAAAAAAGAAGACUAGCGAUGACUUCCUCUCUGACAAGAGACCUGGAGGCUACCACUGCUUGGGGACGCAACAAUCUUGUACAGUUCAAUGCUUCCAAAACGCAGCACUGUACUUUGACGAACAAAAAGCUUCUGCCAAAGAGCCAUUCAUUUCGGCUGGUCGGAGUCCAGAUCACCGAGGACCUGAUCUGGCACGAACACAUUUCGUCAAUAGUGGAAGCUGCUGGAAAAAAGCUAGGCUAUUUGUUUAGGGCUAAGAAGUACUUUUCUCCGCAUGACCUUCUCACUCUAUACAAGGCCCAGAUAAGGCCUAUCCUCGAGUAUUGCUCACACAGGAGGGCUGUCCGACUGAUCGAUGACUCUUCUCUAACACUCUCUUCCAUGAUGCCGUCGCGCAAUGUGCCUGAGUAG